AUGGCAUCCUCCUUCAUCAUCAAGGAGCACAAAGUCGAGGGUCAACACAUCCGUGACUAUGCCCAUGCCACCGCCAACUCCCAAGAAGAGAUCCUAUAUCUCUCUGUAAAGCAAUACAUUCCCAAGAGCAACCCGAAUCCUCAACCAGGCGACCUGACCAUUAUCGGCGCUCACGCCAAUGGCUUCGUCAAGGAACUCUACGAGCCCCUCUGGGAAGACCUGGUCCUCGCCCUCUCCACCCGCGGCAUCAAAAUCCGCUCCAUCUUCAUCGCCGACGCCGCCUGGCAAGGCCAGUCCGGUCUGAUCAACGAAUCCUCUCUCGGCAACGACCCAUCCUGGUACGACCACGCGCGCGACCUGUUGUGCGUCGUCAACGCUUUGCGGCGGGAGAUGCCUCGCCCGCUUGUCGGAGUCGGCCACUCCUUCGGCGGCAACACCAUCGUCACCCUCUCCCUCCUGCACCCUCGCCUGUUUUCCUCCCUCGUCCUUUUGGAUCCAGUCAUCUCCAAAUUCACCAAGCGCGGUCCCACCUACGGCUUCAUGCCUAUGAAGCAGUCAGCCUACAGGCGGGACGUGUGGCCAUCGCGCAAAGUGGCGGCGGAGGGAUUCAAAAAGAACAAGUUUUACCAGACCUGGGAUAAGCGGUGUUUAGACGUGAUGAUUGAACAUGGGUUGCGCCCGGUUUCUUCAUCGUCUGAAGAAGUUACACUCACGACGACAAAACACAUGGAAUGCUUCACUUACUACCGCCCCAAGAAGCAGAUCGGGGCAGCGGACCAGGAUCUGCCGACGCCGGACCUGCCCGAGAAUGAGGCUGUUGACCCGCAAUUCCCGUUCUAUCGCGCCGAGGGCACCAUGACUACCAACUUCUUGCCGCACCUACGCCCCGGCGUGUUGUGGGUGUUUGGGUCCAAGUCCGAUGUCUGCCCUCCCGAGACGCGCGAGGAGAAGCUGGAGCUUACGGGUACAGGAUGGAACGGCAGUGGUGGAGCGAAGGCGGGCAGGGUGGAGGUGCGGACAGUAGAAGGGUUCGGGCAUUUGGUGCCGAUGGAGGCGACGACUCGGUGCGCUGAGGAGGCGGCCGAGUUUAUUGCGAAGGACUUGGAGAAGGUGUGGAGGAAGGAGGAUGAGGAGUUCAGGAAGGUGUGGAAGGGAAGGGAGGGGACGGAGAAGAGGGUGCUUAGCAAGGAGUUUCUGGAGUUGAUGGGGCCGCCGCCGGGGAGGAACAAGAAGUCAGCAGGAAAGGAGGGGGCUAAGUUGUGA